AUGCUCGCUGCCCCUCCUCUAAAGCCUCCUUUUGCGCCUCUAAUCCAUCAACUUCCUCUGCUCGCCGCGGCCCCUCUCCGAGUCCGUCUCAUUUUUCAUCGGCCAUCCUUUCCGGCGCCGUUUGUCCCAUUCAGCCACAGCAUUUCUUCUCCGACUGCUUCGUUGCAUCUGCGGACCCUUGCCCGUUCAUCACCACCACAACUCGCUGCUCGUUCAUGCCCCUCGCCCCGGCGCAACUUCUCGCAAUACCCCCCGCGCAACAUCACCUCCACCAUGGCCCAAGACUUUGAGUCUAUUCUCAAGGGCAAGUACCCCGGCAAGGCGCACGCCAAGCGUGUCGUACAGAUCCUUCGCGAAAAGGGCGCCGCCGCCGAUGGCUUCAUCUACCUCGAGGCCCGCCACACCCAGAUGCAGGAAGACAAUGACGGGCCUGUGCCAUUCCGUCAACGCCGCUUCUUCUACUACCUCACCGGCUGCAACCUCGCCGACUGCUACUUCAUUUACGACAUCCAGGCCGACAAGUCCACCCUCUUCAUUCCUCCCAUCGACCUUGAAGAUGUCAUCUGGUCCGGCCUGCCCACCACCAUUGACGACGCCCUCAAGCUUUACGACGUCGACGACGUAAAGCCCAACACCGAGCUCUCCGCUACCCUCGCCAAGCUCGCCGCCGCCAGCCCCAAGACCACCGUUUACACCAUUGCCGGUCAGGUCUCGGACCACGUCUCCCUCGACGUCUUCGGCGCCAAGGACCUCAAGGCCGUUAAACCGGCCAUCGAGCUCGCUCGCGUCACCAAGGACGAGUACGAAGUCGCCCUGAUUCGCCGCGCCAACUACGUCUCCGGCCUCGGCCACAUCGCCGCCAUGAAGCGCGCCAAGUCGGCCAAGUCGGAGCAGGAGCUCGAGGCCUCGUUCCUCGAGCGCUGUUACUCGUACAACUCCAAGGAAAUGUCUUACCACCCCAUCUUUGCCAGCGGCCGCGCCGCCGCCACUCUGCACUACGUCGACAACACCUGCCCCCUCGACGGCAAGCAAAAUGUUCUCGUCGACGCCGGCGCCGAGUGCAACAACUAUUGCGCCGACAUUACCCGCACCUUUCCCAUCAGCGGCAAGUUCACCAAGGAAUCCCGCGCCAUCUAUGACAUUGUCCUCAAGAUGAAGAAUGAGACUAGCGCACGCCUCAAGGGCGGCGUCAACUACGACGAUCUCCACGUUCUCGCCCACACCAUUGCCAUUGACGGUCUGCUCGAGCUCGGCAUUUUCAAGGGUGACCGGGAAGAGAUUCUCGCCGCCCGCACAUCGGCAGCUUUCUUCCCCCACGGACUUGGCCACCACCUCGGCAUGGACUGCCACGACACCUGCGGCGGCCAGAACCGCCAGGACCCGGACAAGCUCUUUCCGAACCUGCGUCUGCGCGGCAUUGUGCCCACCAACUCUGUUGUCACUAUUGAGCCCGGUGUGUACUUUUGCGAAUUCAUCAUCAAGCCCUACCUCAAAGACCCCGUCCACAGCAAAUUCAUCAACCAAGACGUCCUCGACAAGUACUGGGACGUCGGCGGUGUCCGCAUCGAGGAUGAUAUUCUUGUCACCGAGACGGGUCACGAAAAUCUGACCAAGCUACCCACCACGGCCGCCGAGAUUGAGGCCAUUGUCGCCAGCGCAUAA